AUGAAUGAGUCCUUGAAAGAAUAUUUUAGCAUCGAAGCAGUUGGGAUAUCUCCAGUUCUGCUGGAAUCGAACGUAGACCGGCGAGCUCGCGAAAUAUUGGAGCGAACGACAAGACGUACAGGAGAUCGUUUCGAAUCUGGGUUGCUGUGGAAAACAGACAACGUGAGGUUCCCGGAGAGUUAUCAAAUGGCUUUGAAACGAACAAAUAGCUUGGAUCGUAGAAUGGAUAAGCAGCCGGGCGUUCGUGAGGCCAUUUUAAAACAGUUGCACGAGUACAUCGAGAAGGGUUACGCUCAUUUGAUUACAGAGCUAGAAUUACAAAACACUCCGCCGGAGAGGACGUGGUACCUGCCCCUAAACUUUGUAAUUAAUCCGAAGAAGCAAGGAAAGAUGCGUCUAGUAUGGGACGCCGCUGCUAAGAACAAAGGAGUUUCGCUCAACGAUUUUCUUCUGAAAGGGCCGGAUAUGGUUUCGUGUUUAUCAACAGUUAUCAACGGUUUUCGGGAGAGACGGAUUGCUUUUGGAGCGGACAUUCGAGAAAUGUUCCACCAGAUACGUGUGAGAUCGGAGAACCGCCAGGCUCAACGCUUCUUGUUUCGUACAGAUGUCGAACGAGAGCCGCAGAUAUUUGUAAUGGACGUGGUGGUGUUCGGAGCUAGCUGUUCUCCUUGUACAUCGCAGUACGUCAAAAACUUAAAUGCUCGAGAGCAUGCAGUGCAGUACCCUGAGGCGGCAAAGGCUAUCAUCGAGAAGCAUUUCGUCGACGAUUAUUUUGAUAGUGUUGACACGGAAUGUGAAGCUGUUCGGAGGGCUAAGGAUGUAAAAGCGGUACAUGCAGCUGGCGGCUUCGAAUUGCGGAACUGGAUGAGUAAUUCUCCUGAAGUGCUCAAAGAACUUGGCUCUACUUCCAUGGAAUCUGCUAGGUUUGUUGAAGUUAACAAAACUGAUAAUGUUGAACGUGUUCUGGGUAUCAGUUGGAAUGCCGUCAAGGAUACAUUUGUUUUUUCGACAGACAUGCGCGCGGACUUGCACCCCUUUAUUAAGGAAGGUGCAUGGCCCACUAAACAAAUUGCGUUGAGGUGCAUCAUGAGCAUGUUUGACCCGAAACAAUUUCUGGCGCCAAUCCUGAUCCACGGACGGAUAAUUAUGCAGGAUGUAUGGCGAAGUGGAAUCGAAUGGGACGAUAAAUUGAGAGAGGAGCAGUAUCACCAAUGGUUACGUUGGACAAAUCUAUUUCCGUUGAUCGACACCGUUGAAAUUCCUCGUUGUUACCUUGGCAGAUUCGACUCAACAUCGUACGAGAGUGUACAGUUGCACGUUUUCUCCGAUGCCGGUGAAGACGCGUAUGGCACUGUUGCAUACUUCCGGUUUGUGAAAGAUGAACUGAUUCAUUAUUCGAAGGCGGUUUAUUCGUGGAUUAGAUCAGAGCGGAAGAAAUUUAAAGAAUUCGUAGCUCAUCGUGUUGGUCAGAUCUUAAGCUUAACCAAUCCUGAAGACUGGCGAUGGGUACCAUCAAAAGAAAAUGCAGCAGAUGAUUUAACUAAAUGGGGGAAAGGAACGGAAAUCAAUUCAGAUAGUCGGUGGUUCAAGGGUCCUGAAUUUUUGCACCAGUCGGAAGAAAAUUGGCCAGAACAAAACCAGAAUAUUAUAGUCAUCGAGGAUGAAGUUCGAGCUCAUGUUCUGUUCAGCGCUACAACUUGUACGGAUGUUUUUGGAAGCCGGAUUGAGCAUAUAUCGAGGUGGACUAUUUUAGUGCGCAUGGUGGCAACAGUGUACCGUUACGUCGAAAAUUGCAAGCUUCGAGUGGCAAAUAAACCGAUAGACGCCCUUCCUACAAAUGCGGCCGGCAGAAAAUCGCAGAUUCCAGGAGUGGUUGUACCCCUUCGACAAGAAGAAUAUUUCAUGGCGGAAAAUUGUUUGUGGCGGAUGGCGCAGCAGGAGGAAUACGCGGAUGAAAUAGCUCUACUGUCACGAAACCGAAAAGUACCGAAGGAUCAGCAGAGACAACUGGAAUGUUCUAGCAAUCUGUAUGACAAAUCGCCCUUUCUUGAUGAGUUCGGAGUUCUACGGGUAGAAGGAAGAACAGUAUUCGCAGAUUUCGCUAGCUAUGAUGCAAGAUUCCCAAUAAUUCUUCCCAAAAGGCACCCGAUAACUAGGAAAUUGGUCGAAAAUUGUCAUCAAAGAACGAAUCACAGCAGCAGAGAAACAGUUGUUAACGAACUAAGGCAGCGUUUUUGUAUUGGGUCCCUGAGAGCAAUUGUAGAGUCGGUUAUAAAGGAAUGUCAGUGGUGCAAAGUGCACAAAGCGCGACCGUUCAUUCCCAAAAUGGCACCUUUACCGAGACAACGAAUGGCCCUGGGAGUAGAGCCAUUUUCAUACGUUGGAUUAGACUAUUUUGGUCCCCUAGAAGUUUCUGUUGGAAGACGACGAGAAAAGCGUUGGGUGGCCUUGUUUACAUGCAUGACGACUCGUGCCGUGCAUCUGGAGGUGGCUCAUACUUUGAAUACGGAAUCGUGUAAAAUGGCUAUCCGAAGGUUUGUGAAGAGGAGGAGAAGUCCGCUUGAAAUAUUUUCCGAUAACGGAACGAAUUUCGUUGGAGCCAGUAGAGAACUAGCCGCUGCGAUCCGAAAGAUCAAUGGAGACUGUGCCGACACUUUCACAUGCUCAAAAACUAAGUGGACCUUCAAUCCACCAGCAGCACCACAUAUGGGUGGAGUAUGGGAGCAGAUGGUUCGAUCGGUAAAGGUAGCCUUGAACACAAUCGUAGACGGAGGAAAACUCACGGAUGAGAUUCUAUCUACUGCUUUAGUGGAAGCAGAGGAUUUGAUCAACUCCAGACCACUGACAUAUGUUUCGACAAAUGUCAUUGAUGACCUGGAAGCUCUUACGCCGAACCAUUUUUUGAAAGGUUGUGCCGCCGAAUGUCUUCCACCUCGGAGUCAAACAGAACAAGUGGACGCUUUACGAAGCAGAUACCAUCGCGCACAGCAACUGGCUGACAAGUUAUGGCAAAGGUGGCAGCAUGAAUAUUUUCCCAGUUUAAAUAAACGCACAAAAUGGUUUGAAGACGUCAGAGAAAUAGCGGUAGGAGAUCUAGUGUUCGUACAGGAAGAAAAUAAACACGAAAGAGGAAUCGUCACAGAGGUCAAAGUCGGUAUGGAUGGGAGAGUUCGCUCAGCAGUUGUGCAGGUGAACAAUAAAAAGAAGCUGCGACCAGUGUCAAAAUUGGCUGUACUCGAAGUUGAAAGUGGUGCUCCUGGAAGGGUUCUCGGCAUUGCCAUCCUGAACGUGGUGUCACUGCACGUCCAUACGAUUGCCGGAGGAAGAAGGACAGAAAGCAGCCGUGACCGCAACAAGAAAGUACUGGUGCAAGCAGCGCAAUUGGAUCCAAGUCUGUCGGCACCACUAGCAGCACUGCUCUGA